AGCAUCACAGUCCUUGUUGAAGUGAUGACACCUUGUUCUUCUCCCUCCUCCCAGGACCCUGCAGGAAUCUUUGAGCUGGUGGAGGUGGUUGGCAAUGGAACCUAUGGACAGGUAUACAAGGGUCGGCAUGUCAAGACUGGGCAGCUGGCUGCCAUUAAGGUCAUGGAUGUCACAGAGGACGAGGAGGAAGAGAUCAAACAGGAAAUCAACAUGUUAAAAAAGUACUCUCACCAUCGAAAUAUUGCCACCUACUAUGGGGCCUUUAUCAAGAAAAGCCCCCCUGGGAACGAUGACCAGCUCUGGCUGGUGAUGGAGUUCUGUGGUGCUGGUUCAGUGACUGACCUGGUAAAGAACACAAAAGGGAACGCCCUGAAGGAGGAUUGCAUUGCCUACAUCUGCAGGGAGAUUUUCCAGGGUCUUGCCCAUCUCCAUGCCCACAAGGUGAUCCACCGAGACAUCAAGGGACAGAAUGUGCUGCUGACAGAGAAUGCUGAAGUUAAGCUAGUGGAUUUUGGGGUGAGUGCUCAGCUGGACCGCACAGUGGGCAGGCGGAACACGUUCAUUGGUACCCCAUACUGGAUGGCCCCAGAAGUCAUUGCCUGUGAUGAGAACCCUGAUGCCACCUAUGACUACAGGAGUGACAUUUGGUCUCUGGGAAUCACAGCCAUCGAAAUGGCAGAGGGAGCCCCUGCCAAGUCGCUGUGUGACAUGCACCCAAUGCGGGCGCUCUUCCUCAUCCCUCGGAACCCACCCCCCAGGCUCAAGUCAAAGAAAUGGUCUAAGAAGUUCACUGACUUCAUUGACACGUGUCUCAUCAAGACUUACUUGAGCCGCCCACCAACUGAACAGUUACUCAAGUUUCCCUUCAUCCGAGACCAGCCCACGGAGCGGCAGGUCCGCAUCCAGCUCAAGGACCACAUUGACCGCUCCCGGAAGAAGCGGGGUGAGAAAGAGGAGACAGAGUAUGAGUACAGUGGCAGUGAAGAGGAAGAUGACAGCCAUGGAGAGGAAGGGGAGCCAAGCUCCAUCAUGAAUGUGCCUGGGGAGUCCACGCUCCGCCGAGAAUUCCUCCGCCUCCAGCAGGAGAAUAAGAGCAAUUCCGAGGCUUUAAAGCUGCAGCAGCAGCAGCAGCAGCAGCAGCAGCAGCGAGACCCUGAGGCGCACAUCAAACACUUGCUGCAUCAGCGGCAGCGCCGCAUAGAGGAGCAGAAGGAGGAGCGGCGGCGCGUGGAAGAGCAACAGCGUCGAGAGAGGGAGCAGCGGAAGCUGCAGGAGAAGGAGCAGCAGCGACGGUUGGAAGACAUGCAGGCCCUGCGGCGAGAGGAGGAGAGGCGGCAGGCAGAACGGGAGCAGGAAUACAAGCGGAAGCAGCUGGAGGAGCAGCGGCAGCUGCGGCAGCAGCAGCAGCAGCAGCAGCAGCUCCAAAAGCAGCAGCAGCAGAUCCUGCCUGGGGACAGGAAACCCCUAUAUCAUUAUGGUCGGGGCAUCAAUCCUGCUGACAAGCCAGCGUGGGCCCGAGAGGUGGAAGAGAGAGCAAGGAUGAAUAAGCAGCAGAACUCUCCCUUGGCCAAGACGAAGCCAAGCAGUACGGGGCCAGAGACCCCCAUCUCCCAGGCCUCUCCUAGCCCCCCAGGACCUCUUUCCCAAACUCCUCCUAUGCAGAGGCCUGUGGAGCCUCAGGAAGGACCGCACAAGAGCCUGGUGGCACACCGGGUCCCACUGAAUCCAUAUGCAGCACCCGUACCCCGAUCCCAGUCCCUGCAGGACCAGCCCACUCGAAACCUGGCUGCCUUCCCUGCUUCCCAUGACCCUGACCCUGCUGCUGUCCCCACACCCACUGCCACGCCCAGUGCCCGAGGAGCUGUCAUCCGCCAGAAUUCAGACCCCACCUCUGAAGGGCCUGGUCCUAGCCCAAACCCCCCAUCCUGGGUCCGGCCUGAUAAUGAGGCUCCACCUAAGGUUCCUCAGAGAACCUGGGAGCGCUCAGACAGUGUCCUCCCGGCCUCUCAUGGACACCUCCCUCAGGCUGGCUCACUGGAGCGAAACCGAAACCGUGUGGGAGCCUCCACAAAACUGGACAGCUCCCCAGUGCUUUCCCCUGGGAAUAAAGCCAAGCCUGAAGACCACCGUUCGAGGCCAGGCCGGCCCGCAAGCUAUAAGCGAGCAAUCGGUGAGGACUUUGUGUUGCUCAAAGAGCGGACCCUGGAUGAGGCCCCGAGGCCUCCCAAGAAAGCCAUGGACUAUUCCUCAUCCAGUGAGGAGGUGGAGAGCAGUGAAGAUGCCCACGAGGAAGGCGAUGGGGAGCCGUCAGAGGGGAGCAGAGACACUCCCGGGGGCCGCAGUGAUGGAGAUACGGACAGCGUCAGCACCAUGGUGGUUCAUGAUGUUGAGGAGAUAGCUGGGACCCAGCCCCCAUAUGGCGGAGGCACCAUGGUGGUCCAGCGUACUCCUGAAGAGGAACGAAGCCUGCUGCUUGCUGACAGCAAUGGCUACACAAAUCUGCCAGAUGUGGUACAGCCCAGCCACUCACCUACUGAGAACAGCAAAGGUCAAAGCCCUCCAACAAAGGAUGGAGGCAGCGAUUACCAGUCUCGUGGGUUGGUAAAGGCUCCUGGGAAGAGCUCAUUCACCAUGUUUGUGGAUCUAGGAAUCUACCAGCCUGGAGGCAGUGGGGAUACCAUCCCUAUCACAGCCCUGGUAGGUGGAGAGGGCGGUCGUCUGGAUCAGCUGCAGUUCGAUGUAAGGAAGGGCUCUGUGGUCAACGUUAAUCCCACCAACACCCGGGCUCACAGCGAGACUCCCGAGAUUCGGAAGUACAAGAAGCGAUUCAAUUCGGAGAUCCUCUGUGCAGCCCUCUGGGGGGUCAACCUCCUGGUGGGCACGGAGAAUGGGCUCAUGUUGCUGGACAGAAGUGGACAGGGCAAAGUGUAUGGCCUCAUUGGGCGGCGGCGCUUCCAGCAGAUGGAUGUGCUGGAAGGGCUCAACUUGCUCAUCACCAUCUCAGGGAAAAGGAACAAACUUCGGGUAUAUUACCUGUCCUGGCUGCGGAAUAAGAUUCUGCACAAUGACCCAGAGGUGGAGAAGAAGCAAGGGUGGACCACCGUGGGAGACAUGGAGGGCUGUGGCCACUAUCGUGUUGUGAAAUAUGAGCGUAUUAAGUUCCUGGUCAUUGCCCUGAAGAACUCCGUGGAAGUGUAUGCCUGGGCUCCCAAACCCUACCACAAAUUCAUGGCCUUCAAGUCCUUUGCUGACCUCCCUCACCGCCCGCUGCUGGUGGACCUGACAGUAGAGGAGGGGCAGCGGCUCAAGGUCAUCUAUGGCUCCAGUGCUGGCUUCCAUGCUGUGGAUGUUGACUCUGGGAACAGCUAUGACAUCUACAUCCCUGUACACAUCCAGAGCCAGAUCACACCCCAUGCCAUCAUCUUCCUCCCCAAUACUGACGGCAUGGAGAUGCUGCUGUGCUAUGAAGACGAAGGUGUCUAUGUCAACACUUAUGGGCGGAUCAUCAAGGAUGUGGUGCUGCAGUGGGGAGAGAUGCCCACCUCUGUGGCCUACAUCUGCUCCAACCAGAUAAUGGGCUGGGGUGAGAAAGCCAUUGAGAUCCGCUCUGUGGAGACGGGCCACCUAGACGGGGUCUUCAUGCACAAGCGAGCCCAGAGGCUUAAGUUCCUGUGUGAGCGGAAUGAUAAGGUGUUUUUUGCCUCAGUCCGCUCUGGGGGAAGCAGCCAAGUUUACUUUAUGACUUUGAACCGUAACUGCAUCAUGAACUGGUGACGAGGCCCCUGGGCUGGGGCUCCCCAACAUGGACCCAGCUCUCCUCCCCACAGCCAGACUACCCAGGCCGCCCGUCCCUGCCCCCUCCCCUCCCCUUGGGCUUUUGCUUUUACUGGUUUGAUUCACUGGAGCCUGCUGGGAACGUGACCUCUGAUCCCUGAAGCUUUUGUGAUCACGUGACCAUCCUUUCUCCCAACAUGUUUUCAAAACUGUGCCUGUCCCCAACUUGUGGGGAAAGAAUGACACAGCUUCCCCUUACCAGGAACUGAGUGGGACUUGCCCCGCCCCUUUUCUCCACUUAAGAGGAGAGUGCUCGGGGCUUGGACUCCCUUACCCCAUUGCUGCUGACUGAGCAGGGCCCUGUACCCCUUUAUUUGCACGCCAGGGGAGCUGGCUCCCCCCUUGAAUGUACCAGAAAAUGGGGGGGGUCACUGGGCCCUGGGUUCUGGGGGGUCACCAGCCACUCCAGAGGCAGGGACCAUGUCCUCAUUUUCUGAAAUUAUAUUAAUGAUUCCCCUCCCCCCAGGUCCCAGGGAAUGGAGGAGGGACCCCACAGCCAAAACAUUCCUUCUUUCCCACCCUCCCCCAGCCUCUCCCCCUUCCCUAGAGGGAGAGCUCAGCGCUGGGACCCUCCAUAUCCCCUUGCUUGCAUCUGUAUAUAGUGUGAGCAGCAAGUAGCCCUUCCUUCCUGUAUCCUUUCUCAAUGUAGUGGCCUUGGAAACCCGUUUGUUAAUAAAGACAAUUAAUUCAACCAGC